AUGCGAGUGCGGCAUCAUUCGUGUGUUACACUCGUGCUGGAUAGACCAGCACGUCAUGUCAGUCGAAUCCAUCGUUUGCUGAGAAAGGGUCAUUACGCCGAGCGUGUCAGUGAAGGAGCACCCGUCUACCUGGCAGCAGUGAUGGAAUAUUUUGCCGCCAAAGUUUUGGAGCUGGCAAAGAAAACCGUUGGUGGUGAGAAGGCCAAAAAGCCAAAGACUUUGGUUGAAAAACCGGCUGAGAAGAAGGCCAAAGCUGCCCCUGCAAAGGCGGUAGCAGCUCCCACUAAGCAGACGGUCAUCAAACCCUCGAAGGCUGCAGCGAACAAGCCGAAGACCCCUAAGUCAAAGAAGGCCUACCACACCUGCCAAGAAAGCUGCCUCGAAUAA